ACUGAAGCCAUGGCACUGUUUCCAGCCUUCGCGGGAUUGUCAAGUGGAAAUUCAAGCAAUGAGAAGUCAUCUAAAGGGUUGGAUUGGCUGAGCAAUCAGAGUUUCAGCACGGAUGAUGCCCUUAAGCUUCAUCGCCAUGCCACUGAGAAGAGUGAGCUGGGGACGGAGGCCUCCGCAGAAAAGAGCCCUUCCGCUGUACAAAAUCUCAUCUAUAAAAAGGAGGAUGAGGAUGACAUCAAAUCGAAGAAAAGGACGAAGAAAGAAAAGAAGAAGAAACAGAAGAAGCACAGGAAGAGGAGCAGAGAGCCAUCGGACAGCAGUGGCUGCGAGUCGGACACCGUGUAUCCCAGUGACCUCUUGAAGCAAGCUUCAGACCGCUGCAGGCAGGAGGAGAUAGACUCGGCCCCCGGCUCCUUCGUCUGGCUGGACGACCUUCAGAGCCCCACCGAUCGGCCGUUCUGCAUCGACAGGAAAGCGGACCCCGCCAACUGGGAGUACAAGUCCCUGUACAGAGGAGACAUCGCCAGGUACAAGCGGAAGGGCAGCUCCGCCCUCGGCCUGGACCCGAAGACGCAGGGUGUGAGCUGGGCGGAGCCGGGCCCGGAGAAGAAGCGGGCGGACAGGAAGCCGGAGAGAUACUUCUCCCGCAGCGUCCGUCAGCAGCUCAGCUCCGCGGGCCGCCCGGCCCGGCCCGGCACCCCGGGACCCGGGAGGAGCCCGGCCGCCCCGCCCUUCAUCCCCGUCCCGCCCUGCGCGGAGGAGCAGGGGCAGGACGGCGUCCCUCAGGGCUCCUCUGCGGUCAACCCCCUGGGCGUGUACGACCCCUCCACCUCCCUGUGGCUGCAGGGCAAGGGCCUGCCGGAGCAGGAGGCGCCCCCGGGGACCGCUGGGGACGGUGGCGUCACCUCCCAGCUGGCCGCCCGCGUGGAGGACUACAACAGGAGGCUGCGGGAGAACCCGGCCGACACGCCCACCUGGCUGGAAUUCGUCCGCUUCCAGGACGAGCUGACGAGCGCUCCCGGCCCCUUCGCAGGGGCGGAGGGCGAGGCGGAGCGGCGCAGGCGCUCGCUGAGGACGACUCUGGAGAAGAAGGUGUCCAUCCUGGACCGGGCCCUGGAGAGCAACCCGGCCAGCGUGGAGCUGAAGCUGGCCCGGCUGCAGCUCUGCCGGGAGCUGUGGGAGCCGGCCGCCCUGCUCAAGGAGUGGAAGAAGCUGGUCUUCCUGCACCCCAACGACGCCCGUCUCUGGAGGAGGUACCUGCUCUUCACCCAGAGCCAGUUCAGCACCUUUGCCAUGCCCAAGGUCAACGCCGUCUACGGGAAGUGCCUGACCACGCUGGGCUCGGUCCGGGACGGCUCCAUGCUGUCCCACCCGGCCCAGCCCGGCACCGAGGAGGCCAUGCUGGCCAUCUUCCUGCAGCAGUGUCACUUCCUGCGGCAGACGGGCCACUCGGAGAAGGCCAUCGCCCUCUUCCAGGCCGUGCUGGACUUCACCUUCUUCAAGCCUGACAGCGUGAAGGAGCUCCCCACCAGACAGCAAGUGGAGUUCUUUGAGCCGUUCUGGGACAGCGGGGAACCCCGAGUGGGAGAGAAAGGGGCGCGUGGGUGGAAGGCCUGGAUGCACCAGCAGGAGAGAGGGGGCUGGAUCAUCCCCAAUGACCCAGAUGAUGAUGACGAUGAUGAGGAGGAAGACGCUUCUGAAGUGAAGGAUAAGACCUGGCCCAAGUGGCGAAUCUGGCUGGACGUGGAAGCGUCCCGCGAGAGCAAUCAUUGGUUGCCUUGGAGGCCGGACAAAACCAAAGGCCAAUCGGAAGAGGACUGCGAGGAUCCUGACAGACAGGUCCUGUUUGAUGACAUUGGGCCUUCCAUGAUCCGGCUGUCCACACCAGAGCUCAGGUUCCAGCUGGUCUGCUCCUUCCUUCAGUUCCUGGGUCUCCCAGGCGACUGCUGCUACGGCGAUCCAUCCUGGAGCAUCCUGCUGGACGACCUGUCUCUCCUGGAGGAGGGCCUGGAAACGGAUAGGCCCCUCACCUCCGCACACCUCCAGUACGCCGGGGUCAGCCCCGUGGGUCACAUGACCACCCUGCGCAGCACCAGGAAAACGACGGGUCUGUGCAAGCAGGGGGAGGAGUUUGUGCACCAUGUCCUCCAGCAGAUCUCCCCUCUGUGCUCCGCGAAGGAGAAGUCGCUGCUCUCCCUCUACUGGAUGCAGUAUGAGAAGCUGAAGGUGUUGAGGUGUGUCCAGAGCAGAAACAAGAAGCGAAUACGAUCCCAGGGGAAGAGGAGCAAAAGACUGGCCAAGAGGCUGCUGAAGGAGGCGGAGAACCGCAACAGCCUGGCUCUCUGGAGAGAGUACGCCCACCUGGAGUGGCUGCUGGGGAACCUGGAGGAGGCCAGGAAGGUGUUCGACACGGCUUUGGCUCUGGGCAUCACCCGGGGCUUGCAGGACUCCACAUUGUGUGACCUUGGGCUGCUCUACGCCCAGCUGGAGGUGGAGGAGGCGCGAGGGGCGACCCCCUGCACCUCCUCCGCAGCGGUCCAUGUCCUGACCAAACUGGCUGAGGGCGGGGCGUACUCCCCCUUCACCGGCCAGGUGCUCCCAGUCGCCAUCCUGAAGGCCCGGAAGUCCUAUGAGCAGGCCUUCCAAAUCGCCACAGCAGGGGUAGACCAAAGCACAGCUUCUGGACUCAAAGGGAAGAGUAACCGUGUAGUGGAGUUGGCCGGGUGUUUUGCCCUCUUCCAGUACUUGACGGUGGGAAUCGAAGCUUCCAAAAAGGUGUACAGCCAGGCCACAGAGAGGCUAGAGGGAUCCCGGACGAGCUCCCAGGGGGAGGCGGCCGCUGAGGCCAGCGCCUGGGACCCGCCCUCCGAGCUGGAGUCCCUGGCCCUCAUGCAGGCCGCACUGCUGCAGCACCACACCAGCACCGCCGUCUACCCCCUGGGCCGCCUCCGACAGACCCUCACCGCCGCCCUCUCCCGCUUCCCCAGGAACCGGCGCCUGUGGCAGCUUUACCUGCAGGUGGAGAACAAGCACCACAGCGCCGGCCGAGCCCGACGCUUCUUCCACGGCGUCACCAAGAGCAGCCAGAGCAUCGUCUCGCGACUGUUCGCCAUCUUCGCCGAACAGAAGCGGAAGGCGCUGGUCGAUGCAGUGCAGAGGGCUGAUCAUUAUGGGGAGGUUUUCACCACCAUGCCGGAGAAUGGCCUGAGCAACAGGAUCCGAGCUCUGUUCGAGAACGCUGUCGCCUCUGAACACGGGGUUCACUGUCCCCUUCUGUGGAGGAUGUAUCUCACCUUCCUGGUGUCAGAGGGGAACUCGGAGAGGGGCAGAGGGAUCUUCUAUAAAGCACUCCAAGAGGUUCCCUGGGCAAAGGGUCUGUACAUGGACGCGGUGCAGCUCUUCCCCGACCGCGUGCAGGAGUUCCUGGACCUGAUGACUGAGAAGGAGCUGAGACUGCGUGUGCCCAUGGAGGAGGUGGACAUCUUGCUGGAGGACUGAGCCCGGA